GAAGUAAGUAUCUCGAACGUUAUUAUUAGAAAAGUGUAUGUAUUUUCCAGUGAAAUGAAUCUAGUCAAAAGUUUGUUGAUUAUAAUAUCAUUUAGUAUCGUGGUUUCUGAUUCGGUUGAUCGACAACAUGUGAGAAUCAUAUCUCAAGAGAAUGAUAUUCAACCUGACGGGACAUUUAGGUGGUCGUUUGAAACCGAGGAUGGUACUAAACAAGAGCAAAAUGGCCAGCCGAAACAAAUCGAGCAAGAAGUAGCCAUCGUCCUCCAGGGAUCCGCUUCUUGGAUAGACGAUGAAGGCAAUCCGCACCAACUGACCUACAUCGCGGACGAGAACGGCUACCAACCCCAGAGCGCCGACAUCCCUGUCGCUCCAGAGGUUCCAGCGGCAAUCGCCAGGUCUUUGGAAUAUAAUUCCGCUCAUCCAGAACAGGAAGCGGAGCAACCUCAGGUUCAAGCGGAGUUGCGAGCUCAACCUCAGCCCUUACAACCACAACCAGCUGAAGGUUAAAUCGAAUAAAGAAUCGAAUCAUAAUUUUUUAUAUUGGUUAUAUUUUUUAUAUUACUGUUGUAUAUAGAAUAUUUAUUAUGGUUAGAGGCGCAACUAAGGGUGGGGCAGGGGGGGCUUAGCCCCCCCAGAUGGCCGGUGCGUGUCGUAUAAAAUUGGUUUUAACCUCACAUGAAUCUUAUCUUAUAGUGACCUAAGCCCCCCAAAAGACUUGAGCCCCCCUAAAAGUAUAUGUCUAGUUGCGCCCCUGAUUAUGGUCCAGUUUUUCGUAUGAAUAUUAUGGAAUAAAAAUAAUAUAUCACCUAAA